AUGACAAUCAAUUCUGGCGCAGAUAUGCGCACCCCGGUGUGGCUGGACUGUGAUCCUGGACACGAUGAUGCCUUCGCCAUAUUGCUUGCUGCGCACCACCCUUCAUUAAAUCUUCUAGGCAUCACUACCAUCCAUGGAAAUGCCUCGCUAGAAAAUACCACCUACAAUGCUGGAAGUAUAUUAGAAGCAAUUGGACGGCCGGAGAUCCCCGUCUAUCCUGGAUGCCGCAAGCCAUUUUCUCGACCUGCCCUACAUGCCCCUGAUAUCCACGGCGAGUCUGGUCUCGAUGGUACGGAUCUCUUGCCGAAGCCAUCGCAGCCGCCAAUCAUCGAUCAUAAUCCAAUUCUGGUCAUGCGAAAUGCGCUUCUUGCCCAACCCAAAGGUACUCCGUGGGUUGUUGCAACGGGAACUCUGACCAACGUGGCUUUGUUGUUCGCAACAUUUCCCGAAGUGGCGGAGCAUAUCCAAGGUCUAAGCAUUAUGGGUGGUGCCAUUGGUGAGGGAUUCACGGAUGCCCCCAUGAGUAGACUGCCCGGGGAACAGUCUCGUAUCGGAAAUGUGACCCCAUGGGCCGAGUUCAAUAUAUACUGCGACCCUGAGUCUGCGGAAUCCAUUUUCAGCAACCCUAUCAUUGCCUCGAAGACAUCAAUUGCCAGCCUGGACUUGACACACCAGGUUCUGGCCUCACAAGAAGUGCAGACGCGCAUUUUGCAUGGAUCUAGUGAUUCGAAGGCCCCGACCGUCAUUCGACAGAUAUUUCAUGAUCUGCUUCUAUUCUUUGCUUCAACGUAUGAAAAGGUCUUUGGUUUGGCCACGGGGCCUCCGCUCCACGACCCCCUCGCCGUUGCCUUUAUUCUGUCGAACCUGAACCCUGCAUUUGCCUCGAGCCACCCCGACCAGGUGCUCAAGUUUGAUGAUAAGGGAGGUGAGCGAUUCGACAUUAAGAUCGUCACAGAUGGCGAGCAUGGCGAAGAUGUGUCUGUGACUGGCCAGCUGGGGCGAUCCAUCGCAACGCCUGCCAAUGGAUCCGGAGUUGCCAUUCCCAGAGGUGUUGAUCUUGAUGCGUUUUGGCAUAUGAUCCUCCAAUGCGUACAGCUGGCAGAUGACUGCAAUGCUGCGCGGCGGUCAUGA